UCCAAUUAGUGUGUAGGUGGAGCACAGGAGGAAACCGACCGGGGAGCGACAACAGACACGUUAGCUCUUUUUCAGUUCCUGGAGGAGAGAAAACCGAGUACUUUCACCUCCAUACGCUGCAGAAAGUUGUUUCAGACAGUCGACAGAGUCUGGUGGUGUUGGAAGAAGAUUUCCUGAUGAUUGAAGUGUCGAUACCCUCCAUGGAGAGGGAAGUGGAUGAGUCAGGAAAGUCCAAGAAGCUUUUCCGAGUUGAAGUCUUGUUUAAUGAGAGGAAACAUUACGUGCUCAGGAGGAGCAGCGAGUUCCAGGCUCUGCACAGAAAACUCAGGAAGAUCAUCCAGACCCCUGACUUCCCAAGCAAAAGGAACCCACACCUGAGGACCAAACCACCAGAGCAGAGGAUGCAGGAGUUGGAGGACUACGUCCAGGAGAUCAUCUAUCAGAAUGAAGAUGUGCCUCAGGUGCUGCUAGACUUCCUUCACGUUAAACACUUUCACACGGGGAACAAGAUCAGCAGCAUGGAAUCACUUGAUGAACUGGACAGUCAGGAUGACAGUUAUCAGCUACCACAUCAGCGAGUGUUUGGAUUUUUUCAAGAUCCGUAUAUCUCUGACUGCACAUCAGAUCUCCCUGAUGUUGUUGUGGAUGGAGUUCUUCAAGGUUUUUAUCCACGAGACAUCCGUGUCACCUUCACUGCACCGACCAUCAACGAGCCAGACCCUUCUGCUUCUAUAGACGAGGUGUGAUAUUAUAGCAUGUAGGAUGCUGUGUUCUUAUAAAAGAACAUUGUAUAACCAGAGCCAUAAAGAUGAGAGAAAAAGUUUACAGUUGCAUACUUCCAGGGAAUAAUAGCCUAAACCAGGUCACUUUAUGGAUAAAGUCAGCAGCCGCAGCAGGAUUUAAACCUUAAACCUUAGUUUUGCUGGUGUCAUACCUCUUCUACUGCAACUUUGACGAUCUCAUAUUGAAGAAAAACACCAAAGUUCAUCUCAAACUUACUUAAAUUAGUUAGAAGUUUAAGUCGGCUCCUUAUUUUUUUUUAAUGAGGACUAAUAAAUGUGUUUUUUAAAAUCU